AUGUCAGACGAAACGAUCGAUCAAAAUUACGUCUGGCCACUUGUUCUGUUGACCGAGCUAAAUGCAUCGGACCAAGCGAAGCUUCUUAGGCUGGUCAAGUCAACACUCAAGGAUGACCUCCAACACCAUUCCACUGACUACUUUGGGGCCUCUUUCCAAGUCAAAGAACUUCCUGAUGAAGUAAAUGUCCGCCCAUGGUCACCGCCUCUUCGCCUUCUCAACUCUGUUGCCCGGCAAGGUCCAUGCCGGGAUAGCCACAACAAUAUUCAUGCCCUUGCUAUGCUAGCGCACAGAUCGGGUCGACCAAGAAUUGUUGUGGCGGACGAAGCCACUAAACGUCAAUUGUUAGGCAAAUAUCUUCCCGGCGUCGACUUGGUCUCACCUAACGACCAAAGAAGCGUCACAGUCAUCCUUGUAUGCACACGUCGUGAUGCCGAAUCAGGUGGAAUAACUAUGUUUGCACGACGUGCUAUUUGCUCACCUCAAGAGGGAACGAGUCACAUCAUCGACGAAGAAGAUAUCACGGACGAAGAAGACUUCAUCCCCAGCUCCAGAGGCCCUGAUCCUCAACCACUCACGUUCAAAUGCGUGCACAGAGCUUGGAGACCCCUGUGGGCCCAUGGAGAAGGGUACAGGGGGGUGAUAAUGCAUGACCCUCAUCAAGCACCUUUCACAUCCAGAACAGGAGACAUAUUGGGAAAAGAAUACCGCACUCGCGCUACGGUCACUGCUUUGGGUCACCAUCUACCCCCAGAGCUAGUAUGGCAGAUUUGCAAUACUCGCACGCUACCUAAAAUGCCUGUGUGGAAACGUCGUCCAAGCGAUAAACAUUUAGUGAUCUUCCUCAUGUAUCCCUCAACAGCGCAAGAGCGAAAGGAGACACUUCAAAAUUUAGAAGAUUCGCCGUACGAAAUUGCCGUCUUUGAGGAGAGGGUGAGACAAAGGCGUAACGCUUAUCCGCACGGUGUGGUGCCUGACUCGCCUGAUCCUGACUUGCCCGAGUAUACCGCUCGCGAUGUGACCUUUGAACUGAUCCCAUGGGAACAGCACCGCAUGAGGACACGAAUGGACCUCCUUGACUUUUGGGAUGAAUAUCGUGUGUGGGAUGAGAAAGGGGGAGAGGAACCUGACAGCAUGCCUUUGAUAUGCAUGCUCGAGCCUACGGUUGAUUGGUGUUACUUUGAGUCGGUGUUCAACGUUUUGACCUUCAAACAUGGUUUCUACCCAAGCCCGGUCGUCAUGAGAAAGAUGUCAUUUUCGGGUAUCUGGGAAAGCAUGACAAAUUCCAAGGGAUUCAAUCAUUACUGGUGCGAACAGUACAAUUGCGACGGUAUUGAAGAAGUAUAUUGGCACCCAGAACGCCCGUUCUUCUACAACCCAGCUCCGUGGUCAUCCAUGCUCACCACAAGUUGUCAUCGCACCGUGUUUUUCCUCACAAAUCAGUUGACUGAAGCUGCAAAAGAGAAUCUGGAACGAAUUAUGUUGAGUAUUCAUGAGGUGAAUUGGGAAAGAUGGGGACAUGUUCAUGGUGCUAGAAUUACAGGAACACCCGAGUAUUCCUUUGUACCUUGGAAGAGCGGCGAUGCAGGCAUGAUUGAUGGAAAGUUAGAAGAUAUUUGGAGCAUCCUGCAGGACCUGUAUACUCUUUCCUACAGACGAUCACUCGACCCUAUUCGCUUUGUUUGUGUGGAUAAACAGUUUGAAGUUGAUCAGUCGGUCAUUUUGGUCGAAGCCGAUAUGUACGAGCAUCCAGGACAUGACCUACUUCAACAUUUGCCUUUCCCGGCAUUGAGAGGGUUCCACUAUGCUCAUGCCCCGGCUGAUGUGGCAUACUGUGCGAAUCUUAACUGGGUUAAUGAUGUUUCUGGCUGCGAAGGUUGGAUGCCCUACCGAAGACAAAAUUGGCCAGCACCGAGACUGUUACCAGAUUAUUAUUCAGGCUCAGAUGGAUCAGAACAAUCUGACCAUGGGAGUGACUCCCCAUCAAGUUUCGCCGGCUAG